ACAUCCCGCCAUGCAGCACAGGACCCCCCUCACGCCCAUCCCGCAGAACCGCUCCCCCCCCUCCGCCACAUCCUCCAAUGCCCCCAGCACUCCGACUCCCAAGCGCCCCUCGUCCGCCAAACGGCCCCCGAAACUUGCACCCAUCUUCUUGGCCAAGCGGGCCAGGCCGGAAAGGGAACGUCAAGAGAACACCGCAUGGGGUGUGUCUGCAAAGAAACGCGUGCACCUGGCUGGGCCGUCGUCCAUCCCCCCGCUGGCCGCUGGCUCACGCUCCGCACCCAUAGCGUCGGACGGGGAAGACGCUUCGCAGAGCAGCGAUGACCAGUCGGAUUCCGAGGAUGACCGCCGGCUAUACACACAGCGCAAAUCGCAGAGUAUACAUGACUACUUCCUGCCCAGUACCUCUCGAUACGGACGCGUCAAGGACGAACGGCAGGACAAGGAGAACACACGCGUCAUUGAGCCAAUCACCAAGGAAGAAUGCGUUUGGAAACGAAAGAGAAGAAGACUCGGAGUCAAGGGACAGGGGUCUUCUCUUGCAAACCAGCGUCUGAUACCCCCGCCCCAAGCAUACCUGUCCACACUUUUACAUUCUCUCCUACCUUACCAUCCCCUCAGGCCUCCCGCUUCCAUCCUGUUACCCUCAAUCCAUCCACCCACCGGCCGUCCUCGAGACUUUGCUCCUCCUCUCGCCGUCUCGUUCAACCAUAUCGCAAAGCAAUACACUAGUUCCGACGCGCGUAGUCAAGGAUUACGCCGGUUGAUCGGUAUCGCGGGAGAAGAAGGCGGGGUGAGGAUUUUAGAUGUAGAUGAGGGACUGGGGAUGCAUAGGGAAGAGAAGGGAUGGUGGUGGAGAGCGCAUGGGAAUGCGAUAUUUGAUUUAAAAUGGUCCCCGGACGAUACGAAAGUGCUCACUGCAUCGGGCGACCAGACAUCACGCUUACAUGCUCUGACCACCCCCGUCCCCACUCUCCUCGCCACACUCCGUGGUCACACAUCAUCUGUCAAGACCGUUACCUUUCUCGACCCUUCUCGCUCCGCCAACAACCCUUCACAGUCAUCGGUUAUUGCUUCGGGCGGAAGGGAUGGGAACAUUCUGAUUUAUGAUGUUCGAACAAAAGGGCGUGAUCCCGAACUGGGCGAGUAUGACGCCGGGCCAGCGAGGAGGGAAGGCUCAAGAGAGAGGUACAGGGAUGGUAUACCGGGAUUUGCACCGCAAACGAGUGGCGAGGUGCUGGAUCCGGUGAUAGUCAUCAAGGGAGCUCACGGGGACGGUAAACGCUCAGGUCGAACUGCCACACGAUCCGUAACCUCCCUCCUCGCCCUCUCCUCCAUCCCUGGCACCCUAGCCUCUGGCGGCUCAUUUGACGGUAUCAUCAAAUUAUGGGACCUCCGUUUCCCUGCCCCAACCAACCGCUCUUCCAACCCACGUCCGACGUGUACGCCAUCUGGCAGUUUACCUGAUGCCACGCUGAGCGGCGAAUCGCCCGCAAAACGAGCAAGAAGUAUAAACGCAAUGGUGGAAUCACCGGUGAAUGGGGAUGUUUAUGCGCUUUGCGGUGAUUCCAAGGUCCAUGUUUUACGUCCUUCUGCCGCCCUCAUUCAGCACCACCCGACCCACUCCUCUGGAGCGUUUAAUGCGUUUACAGAAGAAGAGACAUACGCCGAAGCCGUCCAACCGGCCACUUACUCGGACCCAUCCAUGCUCAUUUCCAAUUUUUACAUCCGUCUUUCUCUCUCGCCUGAUGGCCGGUAUCUGGCUGCUGGGAGCUGUAAAGGCGGGCUGAUGACUUGGGAUACGCAGGAACGAGGCCAGGACAUGAACAGAAGGAGAGAUGCGUCGACGACGGUGGCGAAGAAGCUUGGGAUGGGGUUCGAGGUAGGAAUGAGUGAAAUAGGGGGAAAGGAUAGAGAGGUUUGUGCGGUAGAGUGGGGGAAGGAUAUCCUCGCGGCAACUUCAGAUGGGUCCUUGACACGGAUAUGGAGGUCCGAACCAGAGAUUGCAAAGCAAAUAGCAGAGAACCCUGGUGCCUACGCCAAUGAGUGGGCGGGUGCAAUUUGAUCUUGACCUGAUCCGUCGCGUCGGGGACAAUUAAAAGGAAUGAUUAGAGCGCGGUUGAACGGUUGAACGCUGAAACCAAUGAAGAUGUCCUUUACGACUAUUUUUGAUGAGCCUUCUUUCCUUCUUUGCUUGUUUCAAGACCUUGCAUAUGAUGGAUAUAUCUCGGAAUAGCAUGUGUAAUACCAGUAAUUAUUCAUUAUCCAGAGCAUAGUAUGUCAUUGAUCGACUUGUUGGCAUUUCGGCUUCAGGUUGACUGCUUUGGAUUUGCACAGCUGUGAGCAGACCAAUGAUAAAAUGCAUCUAAUGUAUAGCAAAGAAAUAUGCAGCUUGUUUUGCAUGCAGCGUAUACAAAUAAAAGUGGGGGUCAUUACAGGUCAUGAACAGCGUUAAGUCGUCAAGUGCAAAAGUGAGAACUGGGACUACAAUCGGGACCAUAGUAAAUGUCAUCAAGUUUUUGUCGUGAAAAGUAGUUCGUGAGAGAACAACUAGGUUGGUCGGAAACCGAAAAGGAAUAAUGGG